ACUUCCAUUCAGGGGCGGAGUGACAACUCAUGGGGCCCCCGGGCAAUAGGGGAUCAUGGGGCCCCUGUGUCCUUGCCCAAACUCAAAAAAGCCUAUGAAAAAGGUACCAGGGGCAUCUCAUGGGGCCCCUUACUGACCCCGGGCCCUCGAGCAGUGCCCAAAUGGUCAGUCUGCCUCUGCCUCCAUUCCACCAAGUCACAUGCUGCCUGUCAAAAGUGGAGCUCCAGUCUGCAGCCAGACCCCUGUUUGAGCUGAAAAUAUAUCAUGUUUUAGGGGGUUUUGUGUAAUCUUCAGGACUAAAAUUAUUUUAUUUUAAUCUUGUGGAAAAUGCUCA